ACAGGAGAGCGUGAGGAGCAACUGAGCCAUCUCUACUCUUCCCACAGCAUCUGCCAGAGGCUCAGCAGGCAGACGCCAAGGGUGCGAAUGGGCAGAGCAGAACUUCUAGCAAGGAAGAUGAGUGCCCAGGAUCCCUCAGAUCUGUGGAGCAGAUCGGAUGGGGAUGCUGAGUUGUUCCAGGACUUGGGGUGGUAUCACAGCAACCUCACACGCCACGCAGCCGAGGCUCUUCUCCUUUCCAACGGACGUGAUGGGAGCUACCUCCUGAGGGACAGCAAUGAGCAAACUGGGCUGUACUCCCUUUCCGUGAGAGCCAAAGACUCUGUCAAACACUUUCAUGUUGAAUAUACUGGAUAUUCAUUUAAAUUUGGCUUUAAUGAAUACUCAUCUUUAAAGGAUUUUGUCAAGCAUUUUGCAAACCAGCCUUUGAUUGGAAGUGAAACGGGCACUCUGAUUGUUCUGAAACACCCAUAUCCAAGAAGAGUGGAAGAACCUUCCAUUUAUGAAUCUGUGCGGGUUCACACAGCAAUGCAGACAGGAAGAACGGAAAAUGACCUUGUGCCCACUGCACCUUCUCUGGGCACCAAAGAAGGCUACCUCACCAAGCAGGGGGGCUUGGUCAAGACCUGGAAAACACGAUGGUUCACUUUGCACAGGAAUGAACUGAAAUACUUCAAAGACCAGAUGUCACCAGAACCAAUUCGGAUCCUAGACCUAACAGAAUGUUCAGCUGUACAAUUUGAUUACUCACAGGAAAGGGUAAACUGUUUUUGCUUAGUAUUUCCAUUCAGAACAUUUUAUCUCUGUGCAAAGACAGGAGUAGAAGCUGAUGAAUGGAUCAAGAUAUUGCGAUGGAAACUGUCACAAAUAAGAAAACAGCUUGAGCAAGGGGAAGGCACAGUCCGAUCUCGGUCGUUCAUCUUUCAAUAGACCCUUUUUGCUAAGGAGGGCCCCGGCUCAGAGGCAAAGUGGGAUGCACUUGGAUGCUGUGAUCCAUAGCAGGCUUCAGACAAAAGCUCACUAUGGAUUUUUCUUGGAAAACAAUCAAAAAGUUAUUGAUCGAGACCCAUAUACUGCAUUUGCUAACUCAUGGGAAACAGCUGCUCUUGCAAGAAGUUGACCGCUGUCUCCUUGAGAAUGCCAUGUUCUUCUGAUGGAAACUGAUUAACCACCACUCCCAGGUUUGCUCACACUCAGAACACAAUGCACAAGACAAAAAGUUUUUGUUUUCAUUCAGGUGGCCCAAGCUUGUUGACAUUAGCUGCCUGAAGUCUGGCUCUGAGUCAUGGUCAGCACAAGUGAACUCCAGGUUGUGUCUCCAAGUCCUUACUUGGGAGAUUCAGACUGUUUCUUUCUGAAGUAUAUUGAUAUAACGCACAUCAAAGAUUUUUGAUGAGGGGUUGUUUGUUUCUAUAUA